UACACACACACACACACAUAUGCUCUGAGCCACUCCCCGACGAGCGCGCAAGGAAACAGAAGCAGCAGCGCAAAAGUCGAAACCUUGCUUGAUAAAUUACGGAUAAAGAUAGCUUUUUCAUCCGUCUGACCGACCCGCAGGCACAGCAGUCAGUGACGGCGCGUCGAAGCAGCGGUAAAUGUCGUAGAGCUAAACCUGGCAGAAACAAAAAAGGCUGCCGAAACAAAAACCAGAGUUCGCUUGUGAAAACAGCGUAUCCCUAAAAAAAAAAAAAAAAAAAGAACCCUACAUAUCCUUGCUUUUCUUGGCUCGUCAUCGUCGUGCUCAGGGCGAAUUGAAACCCAGAAAUCAGCGGCAUGAAUGGUACGGCAUUGCUGGUCGACAAAGCGGACGGAAAGCUUCGCACGACCAACAGUUGAAACCGCGCAGAAAAAGACGCGCGCCGGGCAUGCCGUUAAUGCCGCCGCGUCGUCCAUCCAAUCAGAAGCUACUAUAGCUGACGGCGCGCCCCACAAUUCCCUGCGAUUGCUCGUUUUGGCGCUCAGUUAGUUCCUAUAUGCUCCUUAUGCUAGGGUCAUACGUGUGCGGCCGUCCGUCGCGCUCCUACGAGUACGCGCACUUCUCGAGCUCCGCGGUUCCCGCUAGCUUACGAACUUUGACGUCCGGCAGUAGUACCUUUCGAGAUGGCGGGGGUAGUGUGUUUAGCCAUCUUGGAAACAGGCGAGCGUAAAAAGCUCGUGCUGCCGACAGGAACCCAUGCAGAACUUCUGGCGGCUUUGGCGCCAUUUGUGCCCGUCAACGAGAACACACUGCUCCAGGUCCACGACGACGAUCUGGAUGACUUCAUUGACCUGGAGGCAGAUGCCAUAAUUCCCACCAAGGCGAAGAUAAAGGUGGCAAGAAAAACAGUGCCUCAUACAGAUGAAAGCAUGAUUGCUGUGCAGUGCACGAGCCCGGACACCAGCUUCUCAAAUGCGUCCGACAAUGCUGGCCCCACUAAUGAGCUUCUUGGUCUCAGUGAUGGCUCCUCCAUCGUGGAGGUGCAUGUGCCACUUCAAAAGCAGUUUGACUAUUUGGACUUUAAAUUGCCAUCAUUCGGCCCAUACGAAGAGGUCCUACAGCGGAAAGAGCCCGUGGGGGGACCAGUGAGGCGAGCAAUCAUUAACCGCCUUUUUCAAGCGUGUUUCGAGAUAGUAUGGUACCCUUCUAAGGAGCUUUACUGCACUGCAGUGGAGCAACUAAUUCAAAAAUAUCCGCACUUGCGUGACAACGUGAAGAUAGGCAGUGGCAUGGAAUCGUGGAAAGUUGCCCUCAAGAAUAAGUUUAAGAACAACAGAAAGAAGGCAGUGAAUGUGUCUACGGAAAUGCAAGCGGUUCGGGCCCAGAGCUACCGCAAGAGUCCCAGGGAGCCAGUGGUGGAGGUGGCGAACAAGAAGCUAUGCCGCCUCUCUGACAACAAUGACCUCAUCAUUUAUGGGGAGACCAUGGAGUCGAGACAAAAACAUAACGAGUGGCUACAGCAACAUUUUGCAACUGCUGAUCCAGAAGAUUUGCGGCCACGUCUUCUUGCAACAGCCAAGGAACGGCACGAGUGUCUUCGCCGAAUCACGUUGUCGGAGGCGCUCCUGCAGUAUCCUUUCCUAGCAACAGAACACUCGCUGCUGAUGGAGUUCAAUAUAUUGUUCAAAAGAACAAUACUCGACAGUAUUGAGCGUGGCUGCAGCCGUCUGUGCAGCAUCAUUCUCGACCACGCGGAGCAGGACGAGGUUGUUCAAUUCUCUGCCAUGGCUUCUGAGGAUGGUGUGCUUGGUGUCCUGAACUUCAUUGCAGGCCGCUGCAAUGAAUCACUUGAUGCUAUCUUAACAGAAACAGCUGCGGUCCCACUAACUCCAUGCCUCCAGAGGGCAUCUGAUGGCUCCCUCGCGCUGCACAUCGAUGCGCAGCGAUUGUUUGUGACGUCAUCACUGCUAGCAGGCCUGGCCUGCCUUUUUGCUUCGUUCUGGGUAUUCCACAUUGUAUACCCAAAAAAGGCCCACAGGAUUUUAACAUUCAUUGAGCACUGCUUUCUGGAUUUGUGUUACACAAAGCCACGGGUGAAAGCAUUAGAGUUAGUAAAUUUCUACAAGAACUAUUGCUAGGCAAAAAAUUUUUCAGAUUCAUAUCCUCAGAAAAGUGUAUAAAAAUUAUUUUGCCUAACAAAAGCACUGUUUGAAGGUCAGUACGCUAUCACUGGGUCCAAUGAUAAUCUCUAGUGCUCUCUCAUUUGCUUGUUGCAAUACUUUAGAGUUAGAUUUUGUAUUGUGUGUCACUUUGUUUUCACUGUACUUUACUUUCACUACAUCUUGAAUGUGUUGUGACAGUUUUCCUUUUGCAAUGAAAGAUAUGGUGGGCAGUUGCCUACACUAAUGUGAUAGUAUGAAUGCUUGCUGUAUUUAUCACGAUUGUUUCAUUUCGCUGGGGCAGCAAUGGUCAUUAGCAGCAGAUGCUAUUUGCCCUUAAGUGCAAUAUUUUUAUUUUGCAUAGUAUUGUUCAUAAUGAUCCACUGAAGGCACUGCACACCCAUGUUCUGGACAACUUCCUGUUUGAAGAUAUCUGCAUAUUCAGUGGGUCUAAUGUGAACAUCUCUACUACUGACUUAUUCACUACUUCUUAAAUGUGUUGCACUGUGAUAGUACGAACGCUUGCUGUAUUUACCACAUGGUUGUUUCAUUUCGUCUGGGGCAGUAGUGGCCGUUAGCAGAUGUCAUUUGGCCUUAAGUGCAAUAUUUUUAUGUUGCAUAGUUAUGGUUCAUACUGAUCCAUUGUAUGCACUGCACACCCAUGUUCUGGACAACUGCCUGUUUGGAGGAAUGAUCUGCAUAUUCAGUGGGUCUAAUGUGAACAUCUCUAGUACUGCCUGUGUAUUUAUGAGUUAGAUGUUGUAUUGUGUGUCACUUUGUUUUCACUGUGCUUUAUUUUCACUACAUCGUGAGUGCGUUGACAGUUUUCCUUUUGCAGUGAGAGAUAUGGUGGGCAGUUGCCGGCACUAAUGUGUGAUAUUACGAAUACUUGCUGUAUUUACCACAUCGUUGUUUCAUUUCGUCUGGGGCAGUAAUGGCCGUUAGCAGCAGAUGCUAUUUGCCCUUAAGUGCAAUAUUUUUAUUUUGCAUAGUAUUGUUCAUAAUGAUCCACUGAAUGCACUGCACACCCAUGUUCUGGACAACUG